AUGACUGCUCGGGGGAAGAACGUCAAGAUACAGUCUCUAGCGACAGAGGAUGAAAUCUUCGUGUAUGACCGGGGCUACGUCAGUGAACCAGGCAACGUUGACCUCCCACAACUUCCGGCACCACAACCCUUACAACCCGAUAAUCCUCCCGAUACGCUCGCAAACCAAACCGAUUUACAAUCAUGGCGGAAUCUCUACAUGGCCCGGAGAACAUGGGCGUUUGACCUAGCAGAGCGGUGCGAGUCCAUUGAUCGGAGCGUGCGGGAGCAUAACGAACGGACCUAUAUAAUCAAUCGAGCAGUGGGUGUCGCCCUCGAGAACCUCAAGUCACACGUCGGAAGCUUGGAACAACGCUUUACAGAAGCCCAGACCUGGGCACGCGAUCUCUUAAAGGAACAACGGGCAGCACUGGAUGGGUGGCAACGGGCCCUAGGUACCUUGGGGAGUAUUCCGGCUCGCAAGGAAUUUACGUUCCUGGGGCGUCCAUCGACGCCGACGAAGGACCAAGACAAGCCGUCGGGAACAUUACGAGAUUUCGUGGACGUGGAAGAAGUGCGGAGAGCUGGAACAGAUGCUUCCGCCGUAUCUUCCCGUUUCGCGAGUCAAGUGGAGGACGUUGAGCGGGCCGUUGGUACAAUUGUAUUGGAUACUCAGCGUUUGAUUCAGGAAGCUCUACCGUCUGGUACAGAAGGAGUGGACGGGCUGCUUGGAGAGGUGGAAACCCUCACCAAGAAAAUCAGCUCCGACUAUGAACAUGUGCUGGCGCUGCCCAGCAACCAGAAGACGUUGGCCAAUAUUUCUCGACUUGCUUUGAGCCAUACUCAGGAUCUCUUACCCUCCCUGCUUGGCAUUUCUACGGAACUCCAAACCGCAUUGGACAACGCCGUCACCCGGUAUAACGGUGCCAUGAAAGAUUCCCUCAACCACAUGCAUGUCAUUUCAUCGAUCGAAUUCCGCCUCGCAGAUAUGCAAAAUCAGCUGAUUAACCUCGAUGUACAAGGUGACUCGUUUGAGCAUAUCUAUUCCGUUUUUCACAUGCCCAUGAUCUAUGGAUCAAUCCUAGUCGAGUGUGUCCGGCGGCGUGAAUGGAACGACAAAAUGAAAAAUGAUUCGUUAACACUAGCAGAGGAGAUGGCUGUAUUCAGAGACGAGGAGCAACGUCGCCGAAAGAAGUGGAUGAAGAACAUGGGUGACUACUUGUCGCUUCCUGAUGGCGCUGUCCCGGGAAUUGAAGUGAACUUGCAGGGCCAGGAUCACGAAUGGCCUGAAGUCAGUAGGAAGGAGAUUGAGACAUACCUUGAGGAGCUAAAGGGCAAACCAGGGCUUGCCACCAUAGCCCAAGAGCUAGCCCAGAUGUAUAAAGAUUUGGAUGCUCCAACCCGGCAACAAAGACGCAGAGCUAAGGCAUUCAAACAAGGCAGUAUCUUCGACAUGGGCAGAAGCUCCUUCUUACUGCGUGGUGAUGAGAUGGUCCGAGGUCUUAAAGACGAGAAGACGAAGCUUGAGGACCGGCUGAGAGGUUCUGAAAGUCGUAUUCGCAAGCUUGAAGAUCUUCUCCAUCGCCAGAGUCACAUUAGCCACAUGAGCCGUCCAGCAAGUGGCCAUUUUGGUGUUGAAUUCCCCGCCUCGCCAGCGUCUGCACACCCUGAUCCGAUAUCAAGGCGCUCGUCCGUCUCGUCAAGGCGGAUGUCGACGAAUCAGUCCACAGAAGAGAAGGCAUUGACUCAGCGUGUCAUUACGCUUGAGGCUGAGUUGGCUGCUGAGAGGGAGGCAGUACAGCGGCUCCAGAAAGAAGCCCAUGCUGAGCGGCAGUCUAACACAGACAAGAUACAAGAAGAACAGUCAACCAAGAAGGAUCUCAUGGGCAAUCUUGAAUCUCAACAGCGAGAGUUCGAAGAGGAACGCAAAAUGCUCGAAGAUGAAGUGAAGCGGUUGACAUGCGAGUAUGAAGAGGUUGAGGAGGCACUCUACAAAGAGAUGGACAGCCGCGAACAUGAGCGGCAAGAUCUCGAGGAGCGGGUACACCAGCUGGAGUUGGAGCUGCAGGAUGCUAAUACAAGUGCUGAAGUUAGAGCUCAGAAGGCGAAUAACUUGUCAGAAGAGGCGGAAUCCGAGAGACAAAGUCUCCGGGAGAAGGUCAACGAUUUGGAGAAGCAAGACGCGGAACGACGGAAACGGGAUCAGGAGAAUUGCAAUGCUCUCCAGGCUGCACUUCUGAAUCUAUCUCCUGGUGGCGUAAUACCUGACGACAUUCCCGGCAUCAUCAAGGCGAUUGAAGUCCUCUCGGAGGGUCUGUCGAUACACGCUAAGCGUGUGGAUGAGAAUGCGGCCAGUGCCACGGCUGAGUGUAAAACUCUCGAGGAGCGUCUGAACCAGAUGGAGUCCGAGACUGGAGAAUUGAGGAAGACCUCGAAGGCACGCGAAGCCGAACUAUCUGUCGUGACGUCAGAGUUGAAUGAUGAACGGUUGAAACUUAAGGGCCUUCAAUCUCAAUUCGUGGCUGGUGAGACGGGGUCUGAUGCCCUGCGACAACGAGUGGCAGAGGGGGAGCAAAAAUUGGCCGAUGCGGAGGCCAAGGCACGCCAAUCCGAGGAAGAGCUAACUACUUGGAAGAACAAGGUCGCAUCCGCAUCGCAGUCUGAGCAGAAGGCUGUAUCUCGAAACGCGACCCGGAGGUCACGAUCGGAAGAGCUUUCAAAGCAGCUCUUUGGGGUUGUUGAACGGUUCGGACGCAUGCUUGAGCAGUUGGGCUUCAUUGUCGUUAGGCAGAGUGGCAAUAUUGUGGUCCAAAGAGCAUCGAAAGUCAAUGCUUCCACCGAAAACCUUUCCCAAUCCGACAUUGUCUCGCUUAAACCCGAUCCUGACGUAAUGAAUUGGAUGGAUGCUGAUAGCUCUGAGGAAGAGACGGACCGCUUCAUGUUCUUCAUGGAAACUUUGUACCAAUUCGAUGUGGAUGUCUUCGGAGAUGCGGUUGUCAAACGUGUCAAAGAUAUCGAACUGCUUGCCCGCAAAUGGCAGAAAGAAGCCCGUGGAUACAGGGAGAAAUAUCAUCGGACGCACAGCGAUGCCCAUGAGAAGAUCGCCUACCGCUCCUUCAAGGAAGGUGAUCUUGCUCUCUUCCUCCCAACCCGGAAUCAAGCCAUCCGCUCUUGGGCCGCAUUUAACGUCGGAGCACCUCACUAUUUCCUACGUGAACAGGAUAGCCACAAGCUUCAGGCCCGCGACUGGCUGCUCGCCCGCAUCACCAAGAUCGAAGAGCGAGUCGUCGACUUAUCCAAGUCAUUGAACGGAACCAACCCCGACCGACGAUCCAUGGGCGAAGCCAGCGACGGCAUAUCUAUCGACGAAGAAAACCCAUUCGAACUAUCCGACGGUCUCCGCUGGUAUCUCGUGGACGCUACAGAAGAAAAACCCGGUGCUCCCGCGACACCAGGACUGGGUAAGAGCACUGUUGCGUCCGCGCAUGUCGACGCAAGAGGCAGUAUUCGGUUAGGACGCCCAUCCUCCGCAGGAAACGUUGCCAAAACGUUAACCAAAAGUCUGGACAGCCGUCGCAAUAGUUCGAACUCCAAGAGAGGACCUUACUCCCAGCUUGCCAAUGACUCUACGACGGAUCUUACCCGAGUUGAUGAGGCUGAGCCUAGUUCUCGGCCACAAGAGACAGCUAACGAGGUUCGCCGCGACCCGCCUCAGGGCACUUGA